AUGCCUGGUCUAGUUUCCGUUAAAACUCCACCCAAUGCGACGUCCUUGAGGACUCUCCUAGCAGGAACUGAAAAUGGCGGCGGCUCCAAGCGAGCCCCAUCCCCGUCACCGUCGGUUUCACGAUCCAAGCCAACAAAAAGAACCCCAGAUAAAACCCACAUUGAUGAGUCCUCUCUCGACAACCCGGAUCUGGGUCCGUUUCUCCUCAAGCUCGCCCGAGACACCGUCGCUUCCGGUGAUAACCCGAAUAAGGCCUUGGAUUACGCCAUCCGGGCCUCGAAAUCGUUCGAGAGAUGCUCAGGUCCGGGUUUAGAGCUGGCUAUGAGCUUGCACGUUCUAGCGGCGAUUUAUAGUAGCUUGGGGAGGUUUGAGGAAGCGCUUCCGGUUUUGGAGCGGUCCAUUGAGGUACCGGCUCUUGGAAGCGAGCAGGAUCGAGCGCUAGCAAAGUUUUCUGGGUAUAUGCAGUUAGGGGACACGUAUUCAAUGAUGGGUCAAUUGGACCAGUCCAUUAAGUGCUAUGAGUCAGGGUUGAGGAUCCAGAUUGAAGCUCUUGGCGAUUCGGAUCCGAGAGUUGCUGAGACUUGCAGGUAUUUAGCUGAGGCCCAUGUUCAAGCGAUGCAAUUUGACGAGGCAGAGAAUCUCUGCAAGAAGACCCUUGAAAUCCACAGGGAGCACAGUGCACCAGCAUCUCUUGAAGAAGCAGCUGACCGCAGGCUUAUGGCUCUUGUGUGUGAGGCGAAGGGAGACUAUGAAUCUGCCCUCGAGCACCUUGUCCUCGCUAGCAUGUCAAUGAUUGCUAAUGGUCAAGAAACUGAGGUGGCUGCUAUUGAUGUUAGCAUUGGCAACAUUUAUUUGUCCCUUUGUAGAUUUGACGAGGCAAUCUUUGCCUACCAGAAGGCACUUACGGUAUUUAAAUCCACAAAAGGCGAAAGUCACCCUUCCGUGGCAUCAGUCUUUAUUCGUCUUGCUGAUCUUUACUAUAAGACAGGCAAGCUAAGGGAAUCCAAAUCCUAUUGUGAGAAUGCCUUGAGGAUAUACGCAAAACCUAUCCCUGGAACUACAUCAGAGGAGAUUGCCAGUGGAUUGACUGAAGUAUCAGCCAUCUACGAAGCUUUGGAUGAGCCUGAAGAGGCUCUGAAACUCCUUCAGAAGGCAAUGAGGUUACUGGAGGACACCCCAGGCAACCGCAGCACCAUUGCCGGAAUAGAGGCACAGAUGGGUGUGAUGUUCUACAUGGUUGGCAGGUAUGGGGAAGCUCGAAGCUCUUUUGCGAGUGCUGUGGCAAAGCUCCGUGGUAGUGGGGAGAGUAAAUCAGCUUUCUUUGGAAUUUUAUUGAACCAGAUGGGACUAGCGAGUGUUCAACUGUAUAGAAUAGACGAGGCCAUCGAAUUAUUUGAAGAGGCAAGAAAGAUAUUAGAACAGGAGUGCGGCCCAUGUCACUUAGAGACUCUUGGAGUUUAUAGCAACCUCGCUGCCACCUAUGAUGCCAUGGGAAGGGUGGAAGAUGCAAUUGAGAUACUGGAGUACAUCCUUAAGAUGAGAGAAGAAAAGCUUGGAACGGCAAAUCCUGAAGUUGAAGAUGAAAAGAAAAGGCUAGCUGCGCUGCUGAAAGAAGCAGGAAGGACACGGAACAGAAAAGGAAAAUCACUUGAAAAUCUUCUUGAUACCAACUCCUAUAAAACCAAGAAGGAGAGUGCAAAGAGGUGGGCCACUUUCGGUUUUAGAUCUUGACUAAAGAAUAUAACAUUAGAAAAUCAUCUAAAAUAUGAAGGCUCUCAACUUAGUGGAGCCGUCACGCUCUUGAGACAUAUGAUCCCAGUUGAUUUUUGAUUUGGAUUGGGUUGACAUUUCAUAUAUAAUUUGUUGUUUUCGACCAAUGGAAAUGCUUAAAUGCUUUCCGUUUCAAUCAUGUUAUUUGGACCCUUCAACAAACAUGCCACCGUCAAGAUUUUAUUUCUUGACAAUUAUCAAA